UUUGGGGAGAAAAGGGAAGAAAUAAAAUCUUUAAAAAAAAAAAACGUUACUCUUGCAUCUUUUUGUCAUAUGCUGGAUAUCUUGGUUCUUCACAACGGUAAUAUAACUGUCAUGUCCUACAGUAUCCAUGAAAUGGUUUUAAAAUAACAAUUUAUUGCUAACAAGGAUACUAAAUGAUGUUCAAUAUGUCUUUAUAGCUCAUUUUAUCCAAAGAAUACACCAAUAACACAUGUUAAGGUCAGUUAGAAAAAUUAUUGUCUCUUGUAGUUUUGUUUCCAAUUUGAUAAAUGUAUUCGUUGACAUAUAUUUUCAACUUUAGAGACUGCCCUCCCUGCUUUUUUUCAUCGUGUGGAAUAUUUACAUGAUUCAAAAGUAGAACCUGGGUAAUGGUGCAUUCAGACAAGCCUUCCUUCCAUCCGUUCUGCCCUGUCCUUCCCUCCUCCAGAGGUAACUGUUUUUACAGUUUCUAGUUCAUCUUCUCAGUGAUUCUUUUGGACAUAUAAGGGAACACACUCACACCUGACCUGACUCAGCACUAAACCUGGUCAGGAAGUCUUGUGUUUCCCAGAGUUCAACACACCUUGUCUUCUCAUGUGUUUCACGUUUACAUCUUGUAUUUUCUUGUGAAAAUAAUUUCUGGAAGAAGGUUCCUCUGGACCUUCCCUCUUACUGUCUAAUAGCCUCUCUCUCCUCCCUCUCAUUCUCUGAAUCUGCUCUCUCUCCCAUCCCUCUCAGUGGCUGAGUCUUUUUUCCUUCUUUCUGUGCUGAACAGUUGGGUCUCUGUUUCCAGCAGCUUUCCCUCACAGUGAAUGUCUGUGCUUCUGGAAGUGGGUCUUUGCCAAUUAUUUCUCAGAUCCUCAUGUUCUUAAGUGGCCACAGCACGUUAGGUCUCUUGGUGACUUUGGGAGUAUAUUUUAUAGUCCCCUGCAACUCUGAGCCUCAGAGGCAUUGCUCAGAUUCCACUCGGGGGGAGGUGCUCCCCUGUUGGGGGUGCACAUUGCUUGGUGACUUUGGAGACGCGCAGCUUGUGGCCCACCAGAAUCUUCCCCCACUUCCUACACAUCCUCUGAUGGGAACUACCCUAGGCAGUUGGGUCACAUCUCCCUGGAUCAUGAGGUUUCUGAGGAGACCCUACCAUGUAGGUUUUGUGUGCUUGUUGUAGAUGUCUAUGGCCUUGUUCUUUUCCUAUUCUGGUAGAUCUGUUGGUUUCAUUGGGAGUUUUGGGAGGUUAAAAAUCUACACUACUACCCUGAUCUCAUCCUACGCCCAAUGUUUGACAACAACAAAAAGUAAGACCCAGUGAGAGAGAUUCAGCGACUUGUUCAGGGACAUCUAAGUAGUGAGAGAAGAAGCUCUAACAGAAAUGGAGACUGUUGGAUUCAAACUCUGUUACUCAUGUUCACCCCGCCUAAAACAGUUGUUUCCUCCUUAGUAUCUGGCACUGUGUUCUUCUUUAAGUGGCGGCCUGAAGCUGUUUAAAUCUCAGGGUAGUUGCUGCACUUUUGGGGUUCCUGGGGGCCGAUGCAGGGUCUGGAGAGGGGGGACUGUCGUCAGUGUGCUGGGCUCCCCAUUGGUAUUUCGUUGUGCUUCUCCCCUGCAGUGGCACUGACCACAGUCUGCAGAGCACGCAGCCUGGCCUUGUGUCCCACCUCUCCAGGAACAAGACAGUUCAUGCAAUAGCAUCAGAAAACUCCAAGGUCAGGAAUCCAUCCCGGGUCAAGGGACCGCUGACCAGAGGCCUCUCCCUGGAGGACCCUGGCAGACGCACAAGAGACACAGGACAGAGCAGGUUCUAGAGUGGCUGCUUAUUUCCCAGGAGCAGCCCCAAACCACCAAGUCCUGGGGACCAUUCUCAUUCACGGAUGUGUUUGUGGACUUUACCUGGGAGGAGUGGCGGCUGCUGGACGUAGCUCAGAAGCACCUCUACAGGAGUGUGAUGCUGGAGAACUAUAGCAACCUGGUGUCCCUGGGGCAUCAGCACACCAAACCUGAUAUCAUCCUCAAGUUGGAACGAGGAGAAGAGCUGUGGAUGAUGCAGGCCCAAAGCCCAAGUCAGGGCCGUCCAGGCAAAGUCUGGGAAAUUGAUGAUCAUAUGAAAGGGCAUCAAGAAAAUGAAGGCAAGCUGGAAAGGAUGGCAGAAGACUAUGAAUGUACUGCAUUUGGAAAACUGUGUUUUGUUGGUACAAAUUAUGUUUCUUCAAGACAAAAGCUUCAUAACUGUGGUACACAUGGAAAGAGUUUGAAAUAUAAUAUAGAUUUCAAUGUUAAUUAUGUUGGAAAGACUCCUAAUGAGUUUCAUCCACGUAGGGAAUCAUUCCUCCGUUCUGAACAUGAGCAAACUGUUAUUGGAAUAAAAUACUGUGAAAGUAAAGAAUCUAGGGAAACUGUCAACAGGAAGUCACCACUCAUAUGCCAACAGAUAUGUAUGGGAGGAAAACCCUUCAAAUGCAGUUACUGUCGGAAGGCUUUCAGCAGCAACUCAUACCUUGUAGUGCAUCAGCGAACUCACGUGGAGGAGAAACCCCACGAAUGUAAUGGACGUGGGGAAGACUGCAGCAGCAAGUCCUACCUCAUGCUACAUCAGAGAUCUCAUACAGGAGAGAAAUGCCAUGAGGGCAGUGAAUGUGGGAAAACUUUUAGUUUCAAUUCACAACUUGUUAUACAUCAGAGAAUUCACACAGGUGAGAAUCCCUAUGAAUGCUGUGAAUGUGGAAAAGUCUUCAGCAGGAAGGACCAGCUUGUUUCACACCAGAGAACUCAUUCAGGACAGAAACCCUAUGUGUGUAGUGAAUGUGGGAAAGCUUUUGGUUUGAAAUCACAGCUCAUUAUACAUCGAAGAAUUCAUACAGGAGAGAAACCCUAUGAAUGUGGUGAAUGUCAGAAAGCCUUUAAUACAAAGUCAAACCUUAUGGUACAUCAAAGAACCCACACAGGGGAGAAACCAUAUGGUUGUAGUGAGUGUGGGAAAGCCUUCACUUUCAAGUCACAGCUCACUGUACAUCAGGGGGUUCACACAGGAGUAAAGCCCUAUGGGUGCAUUCAGUGUGGGAAAGCCUUCAGUCUGAAGUCCCAGCUUAUUGUACAUCAGAGAAGUCACACAGGAAUGAAACCUUAUGUAUGCAGUGAAUGUGGCAAAGCUUUCAGGAGCAAGUCCUACCUCAUUAUACAUGUGAGGACUCAUACAGGAGAGAAACUCCAUGAAUGCAGCGAAUGUGGGAAAGCCUUCAGUUUCAAUUCGCAACUCAUUAUACAUCAGAGGAUUCACACAGGAGAGAGCCCGUAUGAAUGCCAUGAAUGUGGGAAAGCUUUCAGUCGGAAAUAUCAGCUCAUUUCACACCAGAGAACUCAUGCAGGGGAGAAGCCCUAUGAAUGCAGUGACUGUGGAAAAACUUUUGGUUUGAAGUCACAGCUUAUUAUACAUCAGAGAACUCAUACAGGAGAGAAACCCUUUGAAUGCAGUGAAUGUAGCAAAGCCUUUAAUACAAAGUCAAAUCUUAUUGUACAUCAGAGAACACACACAGGAGAGAAACCUUAUGGUUGUAGUGAGUGUGGGAAAGCCUUCACUUUCAAGUCACAGCUCACUGUACAUCAGGGGGUUCACACAGGAGUAAAGCCCUAUGGAUGUAAUCAGUGUGGGAAAGCCUUCAGUCUGAAGUCCCAGCUCAUUGUACAUCAGAGAAGUCACACAGGGGUGAAGCCGUAUGGGUGCAGUGAAUGUGGGAAAGCCUUCAGGAGCAAGUCCUAUCUCCUUAUACACAUGAGAACUCAUACAGGAGAGAAGCCACAUGAAUGCAAUGAAUGUGGGAAAUCCUUCAGUUUCAAUUCACAACUCAUCGUACAUCAGAGAAUUCACACAGGAGAAAAUCCGUAUGACUGCAGUGAAUGUGGGAAAGCCUUUAAUAGGAAGGAUCAGCUCAUUUCACAUCAGAGAACUCAUGCAGGGGAAAAACCUUAUGGGUGCAGUGACUGCGGGAAAGCCUUUAGUAGCAAGUCAUACCUCAUUAUACACAUGAGAACUCAUUCAGGAGCGAAGCCAUAUGAAUGUAACAAAUGUGGGAAAGCCUUCAUUUGGAAGUCUCUACUCAUUGUACAUGAACGAACUCAUGCAGGGGAAAACCCUUAUAAGUGCAGUCAAUGUGAGAAAUCCUUCAGUGGAAAAUUACGGCUCAUUGUACAUCAGAGAAUGCACACAAGAGAGAAACCGUAUGAAUGCAGUGAAUGUGAAAAAGCCUUCAUCAGGAAAUCUCAGCUCAUUGUACAUCAGAGAACUCAUUCAGGGGAGAAACCCUAUGGAUGUAAUGAGUGUGGGAAAACCUUCUCUCAGAAAUCAAUUCUCAGUGCACAUCAGAGGACUCAUACAGGAGAGAAGCCUUGUAAAUGCACUGAGUGUGGGAAAGCCUUUUGUUGGAAGUCACAGCUCAUUAUGCAUCAGAGAACUCAUGCAGAUGAGAAACAUAUCGAUGAUUUAAAUAUAAGAAACUUUCUCUCAAAAGUCGAUUCACAGGAAAUACCAGCUAACUCCUAUAGAAGAGAAGUUCUAUAAAUGGAAUCAUCUCUUACCCCAGAAAACUCACACUGAAUGGAACUAACCUUAUGAACGUAUAGCAUGUAGAAGAGCAUCUGCAGAAAGCUGUAUUUUAUACAUUAAAAAAAAAUCAGUCAAUGCACGCAGGAACCUUGUGAAUUCAGCGUACCCUAUGAAAAUUUUCAGCACAUCAUACCGUUUUAGGUUUAUAAGGUGAAGAACCAUAUGAAUGAAAUUAAUGUUAGAAAGUCCUUUUUAAAUAUAAAACUCACAAAGAGGAAAUUCCAUAAAGCUAAUGAAUAUAGAAUACAGUCAUUUGAAGUUCAUAGUUCCUUAAACAUUAGGAUUUUAAUGAGAAAAUAUAAGACCAAUGAAUGGCAGAAUUAUCAGAAUUACAAACACUUGAGGUAUCAGAAGCUCAAACUUUGGAGAAAUGAUGCUAUAAGUUAGGGAAAUUCUUCAUCUAGAAAUGACAAAGUUCUAGCAAAAAAAACAUAUGAUCUUCAAAUGUGUCAAAUGGGAUAAAGCCUCACUAGGAGGGUUCCCUUUGUUAUUAUUUUGAUUAAUUUGGAAAAAUAAUGUCCUUUACAAAUUGUUUAAGGGUUGCAGAUGUUCCAAACUUUUAGGAAAAGGUUGGAGAAAAUAUUCAACUAAAAAUGAUAGACAUGUUAUAAUAGAAUAUAAAGAUUUUUUUUAGCAUGUAAGUGUAAUAGUCAUGUGUCACUUAAGGACAGGGACAUGUUCUGAGGAAUGCAUUGUUAGACAAUGUCGUGUGAACAUCACAGAGUGUAGUUACACACAACUAGAUGGUAGAGCCUACUAUACACUAGGCUUUAUGGUACUAAUCUUAUGGGACCACUGUCAUAUAUGUGGUCCAUCAUUGACUGAAACAAUGUUAUGCAGUUCAUGAUGGUAAUCAGGAUAACAAUAAGAAAUACAUCAUAAGAUCUUCAGGGAUAUUUAGAUGUUAUCCUCCUCUCUGUACUAUAUGAGUCUUGUAUAGUUUGGCAUUUUGCUUGUGAAUGCCACAUAUGAUAGGUUAGAUAGUACGUAAGCAUUUCCCAGGGAUUUCUACUCUGCAUAGCAGCAUUCUUCUUAACAAAUACAACUUGUUAUUAGAAUAAUAUGACUUAUUAAAAAUAUAUUUUGAUAGUACAGACCUUUCUUAUUAUUUUGUACCCUUUUUUAAGGCCUGGCAGGUACCUCUUUAGUUAUAUAUGUCAAUAUAGUGCACAUUUCAUGUGUUUGUGUAGCUGGAAUCUUCUGCCCUCGCUGGUUAGAACAUCCUGAUAUCCUUUAAGAGAAAUAACCCUUCCCCAUGUAUGCAGUCAAGUAGACUGAGAUACUGUGCACUAAAUUGUUAAUGGACUCUAUGUACAGAAAAGCAAAAUGAGCCUUUGUUCUCUGGUACCGUCUUGCUUCAAUUAUUAAUUCAUUCCUUGUACAUAGAUUACCCAGAAUAGUCUUAUGGUCAUUUUUUCUUUUUUUUUUUUGAGGACGAUUAGCCCUGAGCUAACUGCUGCCAAUCCUCCCCUUUUUUCCAAGGAAGACUGGCCCUGAGCUAACAUACGUGCGCAUCUUCUUCUGUUUUAUACGUGGGACGCCUACCACAGCAUGGCUUGCCAAGCCGUGCCAUGUCCGCACCCGCAAACCCUGGGCUGCUGAAGUGGAACGUGCAAACUUAACUGCAGCACCACCGGGCCGUCCCCUUAUGGUCAUCUUUUAAUUCUAGCUCACUUGUAAUCUGAGCUAUCUGAUAUCCAUUUAACACAUUUAUGUGAUCCUGCUGAUCUGUGUACAUGUAAAUGUUACUGCAGCUGUAGUCAGGGUGGUGACAGAUCAUUCUGUUAAUUACUUACUUACAAAGUCAGUUUCCUUCACAACCUCACCAGUUUCCUGACAUGAAUGAGCAUUAAUCUGGAAAAAGCUGGGACCCUGGCAGUCAGAUUGGGCUGUCUUGGAGGUAUAUAUGGGGACUCAAAACUGCAACUAUUUCUGAAACACCCUCCACUUUAUACUCUAGUUCAGAACAGAAUCCCAUUUCUUACCCAAAGAAACUGUUCUUUCCUUGAAGGAGAUAAAUGAUUUCUGAAUGCCUAAGCCUCAUUGUGUUCAGCUCAUUAUACAGGAUCUAGUCUCAGGAUGCCUGAGGUGAAGAAUGACAAUUCACAGAAGGGAAAAGAAGGCUUGCAUAAAGAAAGAACUUCAGAUAUUUGCUAACGUGUAUCCCCUCAAUCUGGAAAAUAUCAAUGGAUAUGUAUUUCACUGUUCCAAGGAAGAUACACAAUAAAAAGUAAAUACAUAA